GAAUUCAUCUCGGCUGACCAUGGUUGCUCACGAGUCUCGAGCACCGCCGCUGGCUGAUGACGAUGCGAUUCAAAGGCUUUACAACUGGGUGGAUGAUAUACCACUGUCCCGGCCGAAGCGUAACAUAUCCCGAGACUUUGCAGAUGGUGUCAUGAUGGCAGAGACUGUUGCUCACUAUAUACCGAAGAUAGUUGAGCUCCAUAACUACUCUCAAGCCAAUGCACUCACACAGAAGAUGUACAAUUGGAACACGUUGAAUCAGAAAGUCUUCCGCAGAAUGGGAUUCCUAUUACAUCCCGAUGAUGUGGAAGAUUGCGCAAGAGCUAUUCCCGGUUCGAUCGAGAGAGUGCUAGCCCUGGUUCGCCCACGACUGGUCGAAGCUUCGAGGGAUGGAGGACAAGGCCGUCAAUUUCGCAGUAACAGCGAGCAGAGGACCCCGAGGGCCAGGUCGGAGAACUCUUCGAGUGGCGCGCGAGCUAAUUCAAAGCCAGACAUAAGUCCGAAGGUGAAGAGCGAACGAACACGAGAUAACAUGCCUGAUAGGGAGAAGGACGCUAUCAUGGCUGAGAAGGAUAGGACCAUUAGCGAGCUCAGGGAAUGCGUUGAAUUGUUGACAAGGAAAAUAUCCAAGUUGGAGCAAUUGGUUAGAAUUAAAGACCAGAAGAUUUUAACCCUGCAAGAGCGUCUAGCUGCAGCGCCUGGAUCGUUUGCAUUGCAUGCUUCCUCGUAACUAGAU